AUGCUUCAGCGCUGCUCAUCGGCUCUGCAAAAUGGUAGCCACGCUUCUGGCCCUAGCUCCUCUCCGCCCUAUGAACCAAUUCACGUAACCAUCGUCGGCGGCGGCGCUGCCGGACUCACUGCCGCGUUCUUCGCGGCCGAGCAUGGCGCCAGGCUUCUCUACUACGCACAACGCCGCGGCAAUCCCGCAUUCCGGGCGCAAGCACCGCCACAGCCAUGCACGCAGGUUACGGUUCUGGAGCGAACCCGCGAGGCUGGCAAGAAGAUCCUCAUGUCGGGGGGAGCCCGCUGCAACGUCCUCCCGUUCGAAGUGGACAUACAUACAGACUACUUCAGUGAGAGCAGCGCGAGUGCCGUACGUGCCGUAUUUGCGUCCUGGAACCUCGACCUCUGCAAGGCUUGCUUCCGCUCCCGCCUCCGCGACAGUGACUCGUGUGGCUCUGGUAUCUUCUCCCAGCUGGAGGACCCCCACUGGGGGGUGGGUCUGGAUCUGCAGCUGGAGGAGGAAACUCGGAAGUACUUCCCCUCCAGCAACUCGGCGAGAGAGGUCCGUGACCGUUUAGUGGCGGCCUGCCAGGCUCGGGGUGUAGUCUUCAAGUACAAUGCAAGCGUCGAGGGGCUACAACUGCUACAGACGCCGCAGGAGGAAGAUGGGAAUGUGCACGUUCCGCCUCCAGCGGUGGCGGCGGCGGCAGAGCCUCCUCAGGGCCCGGUUUCGGAGCCGGCGGUUUCGGAGGCUGCGACCGUAGGAGGAGUGGCAGGGGCGGCGGCGGCCGUGGAGGUGGUGGAGGAAGAUCUUGGCGCUGUACGGCGCGCCAGCGCCGCCGCCGCCGGACCAGCAGGUGUUGACGGUGUAAGUGGCGGCGGCGGCGGCGGCGGCGGCGCUGGCGGUGGUGAGAAAGGCGUAGGGGGCGGCAGUGGUGCGCGGAAAGGCAAGAAGGGGCGGGGCCCUAGGAUCAGCGGCGCCGAGCUGGCAGUAGCAGUAGCAGCAGCGGAAGCGGAGGCAGCAGCCGCCUCCAGCACAACCAAUGCUACAGCCCAGGCCCGUUGGCUUUGCCGGUUGCAAGACGGAACGGAACAUGUAACGGAUAAGCUGGUCAUCGCCACCGGCGGCCUGAGCUUCCCCGCCGUGGGCACUGACGGCACCGGUCACCUCCUGAUCCGCGCCCUGGGGCACUCCCUCCAUGAGCCGUACCCGGCUCUGACACCCCUCACGGGCGCCCACCCGGCAGGAGGGCAAUUGGCGGGUGUGUCCAUGUACGGCAUUGAGUUGUCCGUACAGGUGCCCGGUGUACGGCGGCCAAAGUUUUCUGAGCGUACGGCAUUUCUGUUCACGCACCGUGGCUACAGCGGCCCGGCGGUGCUGGAUCUUAGUCAUUAUGCGGUCAAGGCAUUGGCCCGCGGCCACGGUGCAGCGGCGGCGGCGGCGGCGGCGGUGAAGUCGGUUGCUGGCGCCGCCGCUACAGCCGUCGCCGGCAGUAGCGGGCGUUACGUCGAAAUGGGUCUUCCGUCCAUUCACGUGAACUGGACGCAUGAGUCAGCCGAAGUUUGGGACGAGCGGAUACGGGCCGUACAGCAGGCUGGCGGUACGGCACUCGUGACGACGCUACUGCAGCGGCACGGGGUGCGUGAGCGGCUGGCGGAGGCGCUGGUUUCGGAGCUUGGCCUCGUGGACCGCCGUGUUUGCGAUGUCAAGAAGGCGGAGCGAGCGGCGCUGGUGUCCGCACUGACGUCGUACGAGCUGCCGUACAAUGGACAUGAGGGCUACAAGAAGGCGGAGGUGACUGGCGGAGGCGUGCGGUUGGAGGAGAUCAACUGCGCCACCAUGGAGAGUCGGCCCAGGAACCUGCAGGAACCGCCUUCCACUUUUCGGUUAAGUCCCCUGAUCUAAGUACAAGUAAAAAAAACUUUUUCCCCAAACGCCCCUGCCACCGAAGUAGACUUAAAAUCCCCUCAAUCGUCAAAUGCAAACUUCUUCGUCGCUCAAUUGCAGCAGCAGCACCACCACCACCAGCAGCAGCACCACCAUCGCAUGGCAGGCAGGAGAGAAGCAAACAACAUCACAACCCUGACAACAACAAUGGCAGCUACACUACAAUCCCAGCAGAAGAACAGCAGAGCAUGAAGACUUCUUGAAAGCUUCUUCAGGAAGAGUUCCAUACGAGAGUACGACAUAUUGCCGUACAGUAUCCAUUGCCAAGCAAUGGCGGAUGGAUGGAUGGCAACCACCAUUCAGCUCAGAGCCGAGCCCCGGUUUAAACCCCAGGCGGCUAAGGAGGUGGGGAAAAGGCUCGUUGCUACAAAGCAGAGCUACACACAUAUCGAGCUAUACAC